GCGGCCAUUUUGAGCCGCCGCCGCCAUUGGAGCGGGCCCCCCCCCCCUUUUCCCCCUUCGCCUCCUGACAGGAAAGGUUUAAGGGGGACAGAGCCCUGGGAGGCCGGGCCGGGCUCGGGGGCCGCCCCGGGGGCCCGGGCCAUGGAUGUGCGCCGUCUGAAGGUGAACGAACUUCGCGAGGAGCUGCAGCGCCGCGGCCUGGACACUCGCGGCCUCAAGGCCGAGCUUGCUGAGCGGCUGCAGGCGGCGCUGGAGGCCGAGGAGCCCGACGACGAGCGGGAGCUCGAGGCCGACGACGAACCGGGGCGACCCGGGCACAACAACGAGGAGGUCGAGACCGAGGGGGGCUCCGAGCUGGAGGGGACCGCGCAGCCACCGCCGUCCGGGCUGCAGCCGCACGCGGAGCCUGGCGGCUACUCGGGGCCGGACGGACAUUAUGUCAUGGACAAUAUUACCAGGCAAAACCAAUUCUAUGAAAGCCAGGUCAUCAAGCAAGAGAACGAGUCUGGCUACGAGAGGAGACCUCUGGAAAUGGAGCAGCAGCAGGCCUAUCGCCCAGUAGAAAUGAAGACAGAGAUGAAGCAAGAAGCACCCACCAGCUUCCUCCCACCUGAAGCAUCUCAACUCAAACCAGAUAGACAACAAUUCCAGAGUCGCAAGAGGCCUUAUGAAGAAAACCGGGGACGGGGGUACUUCGAGCACCGAGAGGAUAGGAGGGGCCGCUCUCCUCAGCCUCCUGCUGAAGAGGAUGAAGAUGACUUUGAUGACACCCUUGUUGCCAUCGACACAUAUAACUGUGACCUCCACUUCAAGGUGGCCCGAGACCGGAGUAGUGGCUACCCUCUCACGAUUGAAGGCUUUGCCUACCUGUGGUCAGGAGCCCGUGCCAGCUAUGGAGUCAGAAGGGGCCGUGUGUGCUUUGAGAUGAAGAUCAAUGAGGAAAUCUCCGUGAAGCACCUUCCUUCCACAGAGCCCGACCCACACGUUGUCCGUAUUGGCUGGUCCCUGGACUCCUGCAGCACCCAGCUGGGUGAAGAGCCGUUCUCCUAUGGCUACGGAGGCACUGGGAAGAAGUCCACCAACAGCCGGUUCGAGAACUAUGGAGACAAGUUUGCAGAGAAUGAUGUGAUUGGCUGCUUUGCGGACUUUGAAUGUGGAAAUGAUGUGGAACUUUCCUUCACCAAGAAUGGGAAGUGGAUGGGCAUUGCCUUCCGAAUCCAGAAGGAAGCCUUGGGAGGUCAGGCCCUCUACCCUCACGUCCUGGUGAAGAAUUGUGCGGUGGAGUUCAACUUCGGGCAGAGGGCAGAGCCCUACUGUUCCGUCCUCCCAGGCUUCACCUUUAUCCAGCACCUUCCCCUGAGCGAGCGGAUCCGGGGCACUGUGGGACCAAAGAGCAAGGCAGAGUGUGAGAUUCUGAUGAUGGUGGGCCUGCCCGCUGCCGGUAAGACCACGUGGGCCAUCAAACAUGCAGCCUCCAACCCCUCCAAGAAGUACAACAUCCUGGGUACCAAUGCCAUCAUGGAUAAAAUGCGGGUAAUGGGCCUACGCCGGCAGCGGAACUAUGCCGGCCGCUGGGACGUCCUGAUCCAGCAGGCCACCCAGUGCCUCAACCGCCUCAUUCAGAUCGCCGCCCGCAAGAAACGCAACUAUAUUCUAGAUCAGACAAAUGUUUAUGGGUCAGCCCAGAGACGAAAAAUGAGACCAUUUGAAGGCUUCCAGCGCAAAGCUAUUGUAAUUUGUCCCACUGAUGAGGACCUAAAAGACCGGACUAUAAAGCGAACUGAUGAGGAGGGGAAGGAUGUCCCAGAUCACGCGGUCCUAGAAAUGAAAGCCAACUUCACGUUACCAGACGUUGGGGACUUCCUGGAUGAGGUGCUGUUCAUUGAGCUGCAGCGGGAAGAAGCAGACAAACUGGUGAGGCAAUACAACGAAGAAGGUCGCAAGGCCGGGCCACCCCCUGAAAAGCGCUUUGACAACCGAGGUGGUGGUGGAUUUCGGGGCCGUGGGGGCGGUGGUGGUUUCCAGCGCUAUGACAACAGAGGCCCACCAGGGGGCAACCGAGGAGGCUUCCAGAACCGAGGAGGAGGCAGUGGUGGAGGAGGCAACUACCGAGGAGGUUUCAACCGCAGCGGAGGUGGUGGCUACAACCAGAACCGCUGGGGUAACAACAGCCGGGAUAACAACAAUUCCAACAACCGAGGCAGCUACAACCGGGCUCCCCAGCAACAGCCGCCACCACAGCAGCCCCCGCCACCGCAGCCUCCACCGCAACAGCCGCCGCCACCACCCAGCUACAGCCCCGCUCGGAACCCACCAGGGGCCAGCAGCUACAACAAGAAUAGCAACAUCCCUGGCUCAAGCGCCAAUACCAGCACCCCCACUGUCAGCAGCUACAGCCCUCCACAGCCGAGUUACAGCCAGCCACCGUACAACCAGGGAGGGUACAGCCAGGGCUACACAGCCCCUCCACCUCCACCUCCACCACCGCCUGCCUACAACUAUGGGAGCUAUGGCGGCUACAACCCGGCUCCCUACACCCCACCGCCGCCCCCCACCGCACAGACCUAUCCUCAGCCCAGCUAUAACCAGUAUCAGCAGUAUGCCCAGCAGUGGAACCAGUACUAUCAGAACCAGGGCCAGUGGCCACCAUACUACGGGAACUACGACUACGGGAGCUACUCCGGGAACACACAGGGAGGCACAAGCACACAGUAGCCGGUGUGCUCUGGAGGCCCCUGCCGGCUUCCUCCACCAGCGCCCACCUCGGCCCCCUCGUCUACCCCCACUGGGUCCUGUGGUGCUGGGGGACGGGUCAUCCCAGGGCUGCCUCCUUUCAGCCCACUGCCUCCCCUCUGAGGGGCUUCUUCCCCAACACAGGGCCGGGCAUUUUUCUCUGGAUUCAAACAGGCAACAGUGACCUUUUAUUUUCUGUUUGUCCCCUUCUUCCUCUCCUUCUCCUCUUCUUCCUCCUCCCCUCCUCCUUUUUGACUGAAGACCCACCCCACCCCCCCCCCCCGCCUUGGUCAAACAGUGAGGCUGCAGUGGCUGAGGGAGGGCCCCUUCUGCCCAUCUGUCCCAGUCCUGCUCCAGCCCCCUCAGCUUCCCACACCCUCAUGCAGUUGGUUGUAAAUUCUUCCAGGAGCUGUUUUACUGUCUACUUUUCAGGAUUUAAAAAAAAAAAAAAAUCAAAAACUUAAAA